AUGUCGGUUUUGUCUCGCGAUACUCUUCCAAGAAGCCAAGGGACCCUCAGCGAUGUUUUAGGAUCGCUUGGUUCCCACGAGCAGACCUUCAGAGAGAUCUUUGGGUAUUCGUCCCCGAUGUUUUUCGCAUCGCCUGCUAAUGUCUCUAAUGUUAAAUCUCAGUUUAUUCCUCUUGAAGGAGAUUCCGAUACCGGAAUUCUUGAUAUUUUAACCACGGACACAUUGCUGAACAUUGUUAGUCAGGUCUCUUCUCAAUCUGACUUGGUUAGCCUUGGAUGCACCUGCUCUUUGUUCCGCUAUUUGGUGACCGAAAGGCUAUACAAGAGAAUCCAAAUAGUUGACCGCCACCAAAUCAUCACCAAUCAAGAGAAAGCCCUUAAUUACAUCUCCAAUGACUUCACCUAUCUUGAUGUUACCAAGUUAACGCUUUUCGCUCGCAGUAUUGUCAACAAUUUCCAGUUACUCGAUUACUAUAUCGAGGAAAUCGAUAUUGUGACCAAUAGCGAGAAAACUCACACUUUCAACGGCUACAGUGAUGGCAACAUGUUUGAAAUCAUUUACGAUUUAGUAUCAAGACAUCCUCAAGACAACAAAAGUCGGCCACUUACUUUGCUAAAUUUUGAUUUUGCCAAUGUAAAGAUGUUUCAAAACUAUUUAGCAUUUACUCGAAUCCGUAUGGCACGCAGCUAUAAAUCCGAGCACGUUUUUGACUUAACCCCUUCUGAUGGCGUCUUUGGAAGCCAUGAGCCUGAUCUCGCCACACCAAAUACUUUGGUCCAACGUAAAGAAGGGAUUUCUGAAAGACUUAGGUUUUUCCAAUUGUUAGACCUUAAUGAUUUGAACGUUUUGCCGCUCUCUGUUGACAAAUUGUCGUUUUUCAGCGUUUAUGGAAAUAAUUAUAACCCAUUGAAACCGUUUCUCCCAAAUUAUAAUGGUUUGAGGGUUCUUUACAAUUUGAGCUCACUCUACUUGAACUCAUCCGCAAUUGCUAGUGAAUUUUUCCAAAAAGUAUCGACAAUCUUUCAACUGGAUAACUUAGAAAAAGUCAAACUUACCACAUUAUCAAUCACAAUUUUCCAUGACAUCAUAGAUGAUGAGCAUCAUUUUGGUUUCCAUGAUCUUGCCACCAUCUUUGAUUUGAAUUAUCUCAAAAACUUUGAAAUUAAACUGAAAUGUUAUUGCUGUCAUUCAUGCUUUUAUAAUUUUUUUUCCGAGUGGAAGAAUUAUUACGAUGGUAAUUGUUGUUACGAUAGUGAUCAUCUGAGCCUGAGCCAUGUCAAUGUUCUUGGACCUUUGGCGGCCAGUUCUUAUUGUUAUUUUCCAACUGGAUCAGCGGUGAGCCUUUCCAAGCAUACUUCUAGUAGGAAAAACUUUGCAAAUAUUGAAAAGCUUUCAAUUUGUGGAGAUUCCUCGAAUUCUCGUGAACUUUCACAAUAUGAACAUUUUGCUCUCCAUAAUCUUCGCUACUUCACUAAUCUCAAAUAUCUCUAUUUGAAGAUUUAUGAUUGUUACCCAACAAAUCACCAACAGCAAAAUAUUAAUGAUGAAAAGAAAAUAAGAUUAUUCAAUGAGAUUUUCCGGCUUACCAACCUCCAGACCUUGAUCAUUCCAGAUUUCUUUUAUAAUUGGGGAGUUUCGAGAAAUUCUUUGGAUAAGAGCGAUGAUAACCAUAAUUUCAUUUGGUGGCUAAACCGUUGUUCUUGUGAUGAGUGUCACGAAGCCAGAAGAAUUUUCAAAAAACAUAGCAAAUUGUCGCUAUUGAAAAACAGUUUGGACAAAUUAUGCUAUCUUGAGAACUUGCCAGAUGUUUACUCCCCAAAUUAUUAUUGCAUUCUAAACCGAUUACGUGCUAGAUUCCCAUUCAGCGCUUAUCUUGAUAACAUGAGUUCAGGGCUAGACAUUUUGAAGUAUCCAAUCAACUCACCAGAUUUGACAUUCUUGUACGACCAUUGUGAUUAUUCAGAUUACAGCAGGCUUAAAGAGGAAGUAUCCAGUGAGUCCGCCGCCUUGAUUAGACUUUUGAUCCAUUCAUAUGCAUCACUGAUAGAAGAAGUCGUGGCGAAUUUACCAUGCAUUACCACUGUAGUUUUUGGUGGAGUAUACUUUCAUGUUGAUCGUACAGUUCCACGUACUACAAAGCUUGUUGCUAUUUAUGAUGAUUAUGAGAAAAUUUUUUGA